UGAAUAAAUAAAAAUGAGUUUAAGCGAAGCGGGCCAUACUUUAAAAUAUGAUUGGCUACCAUUUAAUUCUAAACAGAAGUUAGUAGCGUUCGAGACGUAUGAGCGUUUUAUAACAUGGAAAAAUAAAAGAAACGAACAAAACUUUAACGAAGAAGUGUUUUUGGCAUAUUUCACUGAAUUGGCAAUGGCUCAAACGUCAAGUAAUUUGUGGGCGCAAUAUUCAAUGCUCAAAGCAACUGUGCGAGUGAAACACCACGUACUCAUAGAAUACUAUGGAAAACUUUUGUCAUUUUUGAAGAGCUGCUCGUUUAGCUUUAAAAGUCAGCAAUCAGAGGUUUUGACUGAAGAUAACAUAUUGCAAUUUAUUAACGAAGCUCCAGAUGAGAAAUAUUUAGCGACCAAGGUUGCUCUCAUCAUAGGCGUAGGCGGCGCGUGCCAGCCUUACGAACUUACCGAUUUAACAGUCGAUGACAUCAAAACAAAUGGUGACUUGAUGUCCGUACAUGUUCAUUCCCAGGGCACAUCCCGCACGUUCAUAGUCCCCGAGCAUUUCGUACCCGUGGUCAAGAAAUACCAACGAUUGAGGCCUAAGAAUAUGCCAACUUAUAGAUUCUUUAUAGGUUAUAGAAACGGUAAAUGCACGAAACAGGUUAUAGGAAGAAACACAUUUUCCGCAUUGCCGAAACAAAUUGCUACUUAUUUGAAGUUGAAAAAUCCUGAACGGUAUACUGGCCACUGCUAUAGACGAUCCGCGAUUACUGCUAGGACCACUAUAACAGAUAGACCAAGACAAUCUGGGCCUUUAGAGACUUUAGCACGCCUCGACAAAGAUCACACUUCUACUGUUGAAGCAAAAUAUAACGAUUGUGAAGUAGAUGUCAAGAUUGAAGAAAUGGAUGUCUUUGAAGAAGAGCCUUGGUUGAACAACGAAUUUCAACUACCUAUGGAAUAUGAUAAAGAUGUACCAACACUUUCAAAAUCAACGGAUAAUUCUGGCGUCUCUAACAAUAAUGUCAUUUCUGCUGAAUCUGACGACAACGACGUUCAAAUAAUUGAACCAGAAAUUGAAACUAUUGACUUAACAACACUAAAGGAGUAUCGUCAACCUAAAAUAAUUACACAAGGAAACUUUACCAUUAAUGGAAAUAACAUUAAUAUUUCUUUCAUGAAAUGCAACAAUAUUACAAUUAAUUUCAAAGAAUAAGACCCCAAUAGAUUUUUUG